AUGCCUAUGUAUCAUUUUGAACUCGCUACCAAGCUGACUCAGACCCAAAAGUUGGCUCUGGUUCGUACCAUCACAGACUGGCAUGCAACUACAUUCAAGUCACCUAGGUUUAUCGUAAACGUCCGCUUUAUCGAUGUUUCUGAAGGCCUUUUAGCCGAUUCCUACGUCGGUGGUACACAAAGACGCAUUAACCGCCUCUUUGUCAGCCUUCGAAGUGGCACUAGUCGCAGCCAACAGGCCUUGGAAGGCAUGGCUGACAAGCUAGAGAGUUUCUGGAAUGAGACUGUCGGCAAAGACUCCAUUGCAAAGCAGCUUAGAGGAGUUUUUAUCAUGGGAGAGCUAGAUGUUGCGAAAGAAGCAGGAUUCCAUCUCCCACUACCGGGCCAUUUUGAGCAAUGGGUAAAGGAUAACACUGAAGAGUUACACCGUUUAGCCGCAGAAGGCGACCCUGAUGCGGCACAAGUUGUUGAGGAGAUCAAGGUCCGACCGGAGUUUCAG